ACUGCCCCGACACAGCCCCGACACAGCCCCGAGACUGCCCCGGCUGGCACGGCCGGGGCCCGACCGCCGCCAUGCAGAUGACCUUCUAUUUCUCGGACACGGCAGUGCUGCUCUUUGACUUCUGGAAUGUCCACAGCCCCACAGGGAUGGUGCUGUCUGUGCUGGUGAUCCUGCUGCUGUCUGUGCUCUACGAGGCCCUGAAGAUGGGCAAGGCCGUGCUGCUGCGGCGGGCGCUGCUGGCACUGCCCCGCAGCCUCAGCCAGGAGGCCCUGACGGAGCCACAGGAGGGGGACACCGACCCUGCGCAGGGCAGGUGGUUCCGGUACCACGUCGGGCAGACGCUGUUCCACGUGCUGCAGGUGGUGCUGGGCUACCUGGUAAUGCUGGCUGUGAUGUCCUACAACGCCUGGAUCUUCCUGGGGGCCAUCGUGGGCUCCACGCUGGGCUAUUUUGUGGUGUACCCCCUGCUCGGCCGGGGUUAGACCCCCCUGGGGCGGUGGGACACGGGCCCCCACCUCCUGCUGCUCUGUCUGGAAUAGCUGCUGUCACUUCUGCUGGCUCUGUCCCU